AUGGGUUAUGAUAAUGUAUGUGGUGAAAGGCAAACACUGCUUGUGGUGGCUAACCGGCUUCCAGCUUCUGCAAAGAGAACCGGGGAACAUUCUUGGUCUCUGGAAAUGAGUCCUGGUGGCAAAUUUAAUCUUCUAGUUGAAAAAGAUGCAGUCUCUAAAUCUCUGGCUGAAAUGAAGUGUAUCCCUGUAUUCCUUAAUGAGGUUUUUGAUCAAUACUACAAUGGUUAUAGCAAUGGUAUAUUGUGGCCAAUUCUUCAUCACAUGGGACUUCCACAAGAAUAUGAUCAUGACACAAUCAAAACUUUCGAAACCCAAUAUGAUGCAUACAAGAAAGCAAAUCGAAUGUUUCUUGAUGUCAUAAAAGAGAAUUAUAAAGAUGGAGAUAUUGUUUGGUGCCAAGAUUAUCAUCUCAUGUUUCUUCCUCAAUAUCUUAAAGAGUACAACAAUAAAAUCAAAGUUGGAUGGUUUCUCCAUUCACCAUUUCCUUCUUCCGAGAUUUAUAAAACAUUGCCCUCACGAUCAGAGCUUCUUCGUUCGGUUCUUGCAGCUGAUUUAAUUAGUUUUCACACAUAUGAUUUUGCAAGACAUUUCGUGAAUACAUGCACCCGAAUUCUUGGAGUUGAAGGAACACAUGAAGGAGUUGUGUAUCAAGGAAGAGUCACUCGAGUGGUUGUUCUUCCCAUGGGAAUAUAUCCAAAUCGGUUUAUAAAAACAUGUAAGCUCCCUGAAGUAAUUCAACAAAUGAAUGAGCUUAAAGAUAGAUUUUCUGGCAAAAAGGUGAUAUUAGGUGUUGAUCGUCUUGAUAUGAUCAAAGGGAUUCCACAAAAGUAUCUUGGAUUUGAGAAAUUUCUGGAUGAAAAUCCUAAUUGGCGCGAUAAAAUUGUGCUAGUGCAAAUUGCAGUACCAACAAGAAAUGAAGUCCCUGAAUAUCAAAAGCUCAAAAACCAAGUUCAUAGACUGGUUGGACGCAUAAACGGUCGUUUUGGUUCUGUCUCUUCUCUUCCAAUUCACCACAUGGAUUGUUCUGUUGACUCCAAUUACUUAUGCGCACUUUAUGCGAUUUCAGAUGUAAUGCUUGUAACAUCUUUGAGAGACGGAUUGAAUCUUGUUAGUCAUGAAUUUGUUGCUUGCCAAGAGGCCAAAAGAGGGGUUCUUAUUCUCAGUGAGUUUGCAGGUGCUGGACAGUCUCUUGGUGCUGGAGCUCUACUUGUGAAUCCUUGGAAUGUUACAGAAGUUUCUUCUGCAAUUAAAAAAGCUCUAAAUAUGCCAUAUGAGGAAAGAGAAACAAGACACAGAGUUAAUUUUAAGUAUGUAAAAACUCAUUCUGCUGAAAAAUGGGGGUUUGAUUUCUUGAGUGAACUCAAUGACGCUUUCGAUGAAUCCGAGUUGCAAAUUAGGAAAAUUCCACAUGAACUUCCACAACAAGAUGUGAUACAACGAUAUUCGUUGUCGAACAAUAGACUGAUAAUCUUGGGUUUCUAUGGAACAAUCACUGAGCCAAGGAAUAGUCUGAGUAAGGAAAUGGACCUUAACUAAACCCAGAGCUAAAAGAAACACUGAAAGCAUUAUGCAAUGAUCCAAAAACAACAGUAGUUGUAUUGAGUAGAAGUGGCAAAAACAUAUUAGACAAAAACUUUGGAGAGUAUAAGAUAUGGUUGGCUGCGGAAAAUGGAAUGUUCCUAAAGCAUACUACUGAAGAAUGGGUGACAAAUAUGCCUCAAAACAUGAACCUUGAUUGGGUUGAUGGUCUCAAGAAUGUUUUUAAGUACUUCACUGAUCGAACUCCAAGAUCGUUCUUCGAAGCAAGCAAGACUUCGCUUGUAUGGAAUUACGAAUAUGCAGAUGUUGAAUUUGGGAGAGCACAAGCAAGAGACUUGUUACAAUACUUAUGGGCAGGACCAAUCUCUAAUGCAUCAGCUGAAGUUGUUCGAGGAAAAUAUUCUGUUGAAGUCCAUGCCAUUGGUGUGACUAAGGAACCAGAAAUUGGUCAUAUUUUGGGAGAAAUAGUGCACAAAAAAGCUAUGACUACACCGAUUGAUUAUGUAUUUUGCAGUGGUUACUUCUUGGAGAAGGACGAAGACAUCUAUACAUUCUUCGAAUCAGAAAUCUUGUCGCCCAAGUUAUCUCAUGAAACAAGAUCGAAGUCUUCUUCAAGUAACCACUCCCUAGAGAAGAAGGUUUCAUUGAACGUUCUUGACCUCAAGCAAGAGAAUUACUUCUCUACAGCCAUAGGACAAGCUCGCACAAAAGCUCGCUAUGUCGUUGACUCAUCUCACAAUGUUGUGAAUUUACUCCACAAGCUUGCAGUAGCAAAUACAACAACAACAAGUGUCAAGAAGCCAAACGUUUAA